GGCAAUGCAGUCAGCUGCACAUGAAGAGGACUUGGGCGGGAAAAGAAAAAGGAAAGUCAAAAAAAAGGAAACGAGCCUAGGGAGUGCUCCCCGGAGGUUUAUUUCGACAAUCUCAUUGGCGAGCGUUGCUGACUGCAUCCUCUAUUUCACCAUCCUACUGCAGAUUUCAUGCGGAUGUCCUUGGAGGGAAGCAUGUCGUGUAUGUACUGUGUGUUAUGUAUCAUGCAGGAAAGUGGUGCAGUUGCGUGCGGCGUUCAUCGCGCACACACGCUUUCCUUCAUUCAUCAAUCUAUAAUCUACUGCCGAUGGGACACAACUCUCACUCCAACAGCUCAAACUGGUGAGGUUGGAAUGUCAUGGAAGAGCCACUCUCCCUCCCAGGUAUGGACUGCAGCAGAGAGGCAUGGAUCCUCACUUCUCCACCUCCUCCUUCUCAACCACCACCACCACCACCACCAUCUGCUUCACUGCCAUGGUGGGUCGGUUUGCGUGUUCGUCGGUCUUUUCCCCGUGAAUACGUUUCCAAAAGGUGAAGAAUUUCUACCGAGCUCCUGUGGGAUGAGGCGUAGAUGUGACGAGAAGGGGGAGGCACGUACGGUUGCGUGUGUGUGCGUGUGCAUCUGAGUGAAGACAUUGCAUCCAUUCCUUCCCAUUUUCCAAUCGAGCAUUGUAAUUUGUAUCUCGAAAAAACCAAC